UCCCCUUGAUGUGGUCUUUGGUGAAGCCAGCACCGCAGCAGGUUUUGCACACUUUACCAACCCAGAAGUCCUUGACAGAUAUGAUUGAUCACAAACAUUUUUUUACAGUGUACUUCCAAAGCAAAAUGUAAAUGAUGGUUAAUAUUAGGACUGUGUCCCUACAGUGUGUGUAUAUGCGUGAGGUCUGUUCGUUGUUCUCCAAAUGCAAAUGUUCACAGCAUCAGCUUCCCUGAUUAGUGUUUAGACACAUUCAGUUUAUUAGUCGGUUGUUGACACAGGACAUUAUUUUGUCUGAAGGAUUAUUAACUUUGCAGGUGAUCAUGAAAAUCAUCUUUUCUUUGACAGCCCUGCAGAUCCUGAUCGCAAGUGAUCUAGUGAUCCAAAAAUCACUACAAGCAAGCGGCUGGUACUGCUCUCUUGUGAACAACUCCUCCUGCACAAAUCCCCCCAACUUUGUGAACUGUACAGAUAGUUCAAAUACUUCCUGCAAUGUAUACUCCUGUAACCAAACCAGUACAGGCUGCUCUUGUAUGGUCGGUUUGUACAACUGUACCAACAAUACUAAUACCAACUGCCAAUAUAAUACUCCAGAUCUCUGCUCCUGUAAAACAGCGACAUAUUCCUGCUCAUGUCUGUCAGAACUUGGGAAUCAAGAUUUGACAAGCGUCUCUCCAGAGCAUGUGAUGGAUAUUGUUGGCCAGAUCAUAAAUAUCUCAGAAAACUUUAAAAUACCUUCUGACUUGGCAGAAAAUUAUUUGAAGGCUCUUGAUUCUGCUCAAAUGAGGAUUUCUGAAAUGUCCAGUAAUAUUAGCGAUCUGGCGGCCAAUGGGAACACUAUGCUAAAAGCCUACGAUGUCCUGGUGUCUGCACUUGUGGAGCCAACAAACAAUUUGAGUUAUAAGAAUUACAGUUACAACAGUACAGAAGUCAGAGUUCUUGUGAUUGGACCAAAUUUGACUACAGAAACCAUCCCUUCUGUCCAAACUAAAACUGCUCAAAUGGAUAUUGAUAUUCGUAAAUUUGCCCAGUCUUCAAAAGGAAGGGCUGCUGUGUCUUUUAUCAGCUACGGCUCGAUGGAGGACAUACUGAAGGCAGACUUCUUCAAAACAUCAGAUAAAAACACAAAUAAAACCAUGAUGUCCAGUGUAAUCUCAGCUACCCUUUAUAACAGCACUGGAAAGCUCCUCGAUCCAGUCAACUUCACCCUCAAACACAUCAAAGAGUUAAACGACACUGGUAAUCCUUUCUGUGUGUACUGGAACAUCAGUGAGUGGGUUGUAGAAGGUUGUUCUCUUGUAAAGACCUACAGCAACUACACAGUGUGUUCAUGUCGUCAUCUGUCAACAUUCGCUCUCAUCAUGCAAUUUGGCAGCCCACCAACAGAGAAUGAUCUUCUGGAGAUGGUGAAUUUGGUGGCUGUGAUCGUGGGUCUGGUGUUUCUUAGUUUGGCUCUGUUGACUUUUGCUUUCUGUCGAUGGAAACCUGGAGUGAACAAUGUAGCUCGAAUCAACCUCUGCAUCAGUCUGCUGUUGGCUCAUCUUCUGUUCUUACUCACACAAAGCUUCCUGAAACCCAUCAAACAUUACAAUGUGGUGUGUGCUGUGAUAUCAGGAGCUCUUCACUUCUUCUUUCUCUCCUGCUUUGUGUGGAUGUUCAUUGAAGCUGUGCUGCUCUUCAUCCGUGUGAAGAACCUAUCACAGAUCAGCUCCAGACAGAAGGCAGUGCUUAGCAGCAGAUUCUUGAUUGUGAUUGGAUAUGUUAUUGCUUUUGUUAUAGUGGGCGUGUCUGUUGGACUGGUUCCUGAAGGCUAUGGCAGUGAUAAAUGCUGGAUUAAACAGGAGAGAGGCUUCAUCUGGAGUUUUCUGGGACCUGUUUGCUUCAUUCUUGCAAUAAACACGAUUAUCUUCAUCAGUAUCAUCAUCAUUCUGAACUCAACUCUCAAAAAGCUCAACGCUGAAGUUUCACGGAUGAAACAAACCAAGAUUAUGGUUUUUAAAACUCUGGCCCAGUGUGUGAUUCUUGGUUGUCCCUGGAUUCUGGGUUUCUUCACUGUGAACAAUCAGAUGAUGGAGAUUCUCUUCCUGAUCCUGAACUCACAGCAAGGAACCUUCAUCUUCAUCAUCCACUGUGUCCUCAAUAAUGAGGUCAGACAGCAGUAUGGGAAGUGGAUGAGAGGUUUCUUUUUCAGAGACGAACCAAAAACCAUCAAAGAAUCAAAAACUGAGAAAGAAACUGUGGACUAGACUGUUCAUGUUUAGUAUGUUGUGAGCUCAUACAAGAGCUGUUAUUAAAAACUGACUUUAUUCAUUACAGUAAAACACAGCUAAGCAGAAUACAUUUUAGAUGUUACAUUUCAUAUAGUCAUAGUCUCAUUAACUCUAAAUGUUACUGAUAAAUAUUUAAUAUAUAAUGCGUAACUUUAAACCUGUCUCUACUCUACAUGUAAAUAUAAUAUUUUCAUUUGUAAUUCUGAAAAUUAACAUUAGGAUUUUAAAAAGUUAGGUUAAUUUAGAGACGUACACUAUCAGAAAAGGUUUUUAAUGUUUGUAAUAAAAGAAUCACUUCUAAAAGAGAUUUGUUGGUUCAACUUAACGCAAGUGUUUGUUGUAUGUAAAUUAAAUAGUUAAAUGUGAAUAAAUCAAAUCAUUUGUGCAAAUUUGCAUUUGUUAUCAGGAUGCAUUUUGUAUUGACCACAUUUGUAGUAAAACAGCUUUUACAAUUUAUGUAGUUUUUUGUUAGGGAUGAUUAGCAUGAUCCUAUUGAGCAAAAUGAGCACAAAUAAAACUAUAAAAUAUGUUUAAAUCAAGAAAGGAUUUUAGCAGCAGGGUUUCUGAAUGUCACACACUGACUUGACACUACAAUGAAAAAUGAUGAAGACAAACUCAUGCUCAUGCCAAUAAUAGUUAUGUGGAAAUACAAUAAAUGAUUUGUAUUGUUUAUUUGUUAUAAAUAAAUGAAUUGCA